CGCUGGCUCUUCGUGUCACCGGACGUACAGCACCAGAGAGUCACCUUGCCCCGGCUGCUGCAGCUGCUGAACCGGUCCAGAGCCACACAAGCAGGCAGGCAGCGGACAUCUGACCGGAGAACCUCGAGCACUGACCGACCGAGGGGACAACAUGGCGGAGGCAAAGCCCAAGACAUCUCCGAAGGCCGUUAAGUUCCUGUUCGGAGGCUUGGCUGGGAUGGGGGCGACAGUGUUCGUGCAGCCCCUGGACCUGGUGAAGAACCGGAUGCAGCUGAGCGGACAGGGCACGAAGGCUCGAGAGUACAAAACCAGUUUCCACGCGCUGGUGUCCAUCCUGAGGAACGAGGGAGUGGGAGGCAUCUACACCGGGCUAUCGGCAGGUUUGUUGCGUCAGGCGACCUACACGACGACUCGUCUGGGAAUCUACACCAUCCUGUUCGAGAAGAUGACUGACGCUGACGGACGGCCACCAAACUUCCUCUUCAAGGCUCUGAUCGGGAUGACAGCCGGAGCUACGGGAGCGUUUGUCGGGACGCCGGCGGAGGUCGCUCUGAUCAGGAUGACUGCUGAUGGACGGCUCCCUGCAGACCAGAUGAGAGGCUACACUAAUGUCUUCAACGCUUUGGCUCGGAUAACCAGAGAAGAAGGUCUCAGCACACUGUGGAGGGGGUGUGUUCCGACCAUGGCUCGGGCGGUGGUGGUGAACGCAGCUCAGCUCGCCUCCUACUCUCAGACCAAACAGGCGCUGCUGGACUCAGGGUAUGUCCGGGACGGUAUUCUGUGUCACUUCUGUGCCAGUAUGAUCAGCGGUCUGGUUACCACGGCAGCGUCGAUGCCCGUGGACAUCGUGAAGACGCGGAUCCAGAACAUGAGGAUGAUCGACGGGAAGCCCGAGUACAAGAACGGCCUGGAGGUGCUGAUGCGGGUCGUGAGGAACGAGGGAUUCUUCUCGCUGUGGAAAGGUUUCACGCCGUACUACGCUCGGCUCGGCCCCCACACUGUCCUCACCUUCAUCUUCCUCGAGCAGAUGAACCGCCUGUACAAGACGCACGUCCUCGACCGCUAACACACACACACGUUUCUGACAUCACAUUUAAAGGGACAGUCCUACAUAGAGUGAAGUCCAUUCAUAAUAUGUGCGACUGUUUCUCUAACACACACACACACACACACACUGUGUUUUAAGUUCUUUUGUAAAGAAAAGAGUGUGAAAUAAAUGUAGUUCAUCAUCUAGUGGUGUUAAUAAUAAAUAAUAAUGAUAAAAAGUCUUAUUUGUAAUAUUAUUACAAACGCACAGCAUCAUGAGAUUGCUGGGUAACCAUGGUAACAGCCAGAUGAGGAAGAUGGAGGAAUAAACAGUUUGAGCCUCACUUUGA